AUGACCGAAAAACAUGAGUAUAAGCCCUUGAUGGGCGAAGAAAUAAGUGAAGAAACCCAAGGCCUCGAAAACCAACAUCCUACGAGUACAGCAAAAGACACCAAACGGUCAAAUCGGUUUAACAUAGUUCUAAUAAUACUCAUUGUCCUCUCACUUUCUUUGAAUAUCUUGCAGAUCAGCCUCUACAAGGUAUUACUCUCACAUAAUGCUCGGUGCGAGUCUGGGACAUAUCGAACAAAAUAUGCCGGGUUAAAAGAAGGCGAAGUAGAUGUAUUUUGGAACCAGAAAGGCGCCUACACAGACUCUGACGAUGAUGUACGGGAUCGCCUUUGGGAUAGCCUGGACUUCGACCCGGGUGUCGUCGCCGUACCUAAGUUAUGGGCGGCAGAGAAGGGCUUGGAUGAAGGCGCAACCUUUCCUUGGGAUUCCAGCAAAUCUCUCUAUUUCGUGAACGCUUAUCACAGCUUACAUUGCAUCAAACAAGUUUAUCGAGCUUUCAGGGACUACCGAAUGGGAAACCCUCCAUCGAUAUCGAACGGACACGUAGUGCACUGCUUAGACCAGCUGCUUGCGGAUAUUAAGUGCCAAGCGGACGACACGCUCCGCGCCACAAACGUUUCGACUCCUCAUAAUUCGGCUGUAUAUCAAACGCACAAGUGUCGCAACUGGGAUGCAUUAGAGAAAUGGACGCAGACUUAUCCGAGCUGCUACCGCUAUGGAAACGGCACCUUCGAGGACAAUCAGCCAAGCCAGCUUCCGAGAUUUAGGUUCUGUCAGGAGGGUACCCCUGAGUUGGAAAAGGCACGGAAGUAUUUUGGAAAGGGUAAGGACUGGAAGCCUAUUGAAGAGAAGAAAUUCAGCUGGGUUGAUUGA